AUGGGGGCGCGGGGGGCGCGGGGGCCCUAUGGGGCGCAGGGCCCUAUGGGGCCCUAUGGGGCGCUAUGGGGCGCGGGGGGCGCGGGGCCCUAUGGGGCGCGGGGCCCUAUGGGGCCCUAUGGGGCGCUAUGGGGCGCGGGGGCGCGGGGCCCUGAGGCGCUGCCCCCCGCAGGGCGGGAGAAGGGGCGCUGCGUCGCCUCCGAGUAUUUCCUGGAGCCCGAAAUCAACCUGGUGACCGAAAACACCGAGAACAUCCUCAAGACGGUGCGGACUGCGACCCCCUUCCCCAUGGUCAGCCUCUUCCUCGUCUUCCACGCCUUCGUCAUCAGCAACGUGGGGCACAUUGCCCCCAGCGCACCCCUCCUGGCCUUCCGUCUCCCCUGCAUCUUCUUCAUCCUCUCUGGGCUGUCGCUGGUGGUGGGGCUGGUGCUCUACAUCUCCAGCAUCAACGACGAGGUGAUGAACCGGCCCAGCGGCUCCGAGCAGUACUUCCAGUAUCGCUACGGCUGGUCCUUCGCCUUCGCCGCCUCCUCCUUCCUCCUCAAGGAGGGCGCGGGCGUGAUGUCGGUGUACCUGUUCACCAAGCGCUACGCGGAGGAGGAGCUGUGCCGGGCGCCGGCGGCCCUGCUGCGGCCGCGCCUCAGCGCCUGCUCGGGGCUCUCGGGCCAGUUCCUGCAGCCCCGCGCGUGGCCCCGCGCCCGCAGCCCCUCCGACGCCUCCUCCGACGUCUCCAUCCAGAUGACCCAGAACUACCCCCCCGCCAUCAAGUACCCCCAGCACGGGCACCUCUCCACCUCCCCCUGCUAGGGGGGCCGGGGGGGCACCCGAGGCAUGGGGGGGGCA